AUGUCGGACCCAAACUCACCUCACAUCAAGGCCAGAAAUGACCCGUCGUGGGGUCUAUAUCAGCGAGAUAAUUUUUGGAAGCUCAAUGAAGGAGAGGUUCCUCCUUUCAACACUCACCCCGAUAAGCUAGAAGAACUUGCCAGAGAGAAACUGACACAGAAUGGAUGGUAUUAUGCAUCGUCAAACGCAGGCCUCUCUCAUACCCACCUGGCCAACAGACAAGCUUUUUUCAGGCACAAGAUCGUGCCAAAGCAACUGGUGGACACUAAUGAACGCUCCAUGCGGACCAAAAUCUUCGGACACGAGGUUUCUGCACCGAUCGGGAUCGCCCCUAUCGGCAUCAACAAGAUCUAUCACCCGCGGGGCGAGCUCCCCGUCGCGAAGGUGGCCGGCGAGCUCGGCAUCCCUUAUUCACUAUCGACCGCGGGCUCCUAUCCCAUCGAGGACGUUGCCCAGGCCAACGACGAAGGCCGCAAGGCGACACGGGAGGGUUACACGCCACAGGCGGACAAGAUCCCACCGGGGCCGCGGUUCUACCAGCUCUACAUGCCGCACGACGACGAAUUGACCAUCUCGCUGCUGACACGGGCCCACAAGUGCGGGUUCACGGCGUGCAUCCUCACCACAGACACGUGGCAGCUAGGAUGGCGGCACGACGACGUUGCCACGUCCAACUACGCCUUCUACCGGGGUAUCGGCGCUGAUCUGGGCUUGUCGGACCCCGUCUUCCAGAAGCGGCUGAGGGAGCGUGGGAUCGACCCGGCUACACAGCCCGAGGAGGCUGGUGCCUUGUGGAUUGACAACGUCUGGCACGGGCGGGCGUGGUCGUGGGACAAGGCCGUCUGGGCUAGGCAGAGGUGGCAAGAGAUUAGCGGCGGGAAGCCUUUCCUCAUCAAGGGCAUCCAGCGGGUUGAUGAUGCCCAGAAGGCGGCUGACCUGGGGUUUGAAGGUAUUGUGGUGAGCAACCAUGCGGGCAGGCAGGUUGAUGGUGCCAUUGGAAGCCUAGAUGCCCUGGAGAAGAUCGUAGAAAGGCUUGGGGGUAAGGAAGGAUUCGUGAUCACUUUCGACAGCGGCGUCCGUGGGGCGGCAGACGUGGUGAAAGCAUUGGCCCUUGGUGCAAAGUUUGUCUUCAUUGGGCGACUGUGGAUCUGGGGUUUGUCCAUCAUGGGUGAGGCAGGGGUGAGGCAUGUGAUGAGGGGCUUGCUUUCUGAUAUGGAUAUUUUGAUGAACUGUGCUGGUCUUCGGAGUGUGGAUGAGAUAGACAGGAGCUUGUUGGAGAGUCUUCCCAAGACUUAUGGACUGGUUGCGGACAAAAGCAAGCUAUAG